AUGGCUGCCGUGACUCAAGUCCUCCCCUCCAGAAUAGCCGCACUGACCCGUCUCCGAUGCGCGAUAUUUCAGACAUCCUAUAAUCCUACCUCUGUUCGUACGGGUGCUAAAUAUCUCCGCGCACGUCUCCGUGGACCCUCCAUGGUCGAGUAUUAUCCCGAGGAGGUCACUGUCGCAAAAUUCAACCGCAUGUUCCAUGGGGAAUGGAAGAUCAUGAAUCCAGAUGAAGAGAACAGACUGGCAGACAUAGAGGCGAAAAAGCGGAGAGGGAAAGGUGCCCCGAAAAAGGCCAAAUCAGCAGAGUCGGAGGACACACAGGAGACGGUAGACUCCACCUAUUCGUCCCCUCUUUCGAUUAUGCCCAUAGAUGGUGCUACGCUGUGCGCCAGCAGCGACAUGGUGGUAUUAUUCUUUGUGGAGAGCACUACAUGGACCGUGAAUCUCACAGAGUGUCUUGUACUGUCGGAGGUGCAUUAUUGGCACUUGCUGUCUCAACCUAGCCCGCUUGUGACUUCUGCGACGCUUCCGUAUUUGCCAUUGUUUGCGCUGACAGACGUCACUUUCCGCUAUAGAAAGUCGGCCUGUUCAGUUUGCUUCCGCUUCUCUCCUGCUAUAACGAACGGCGUCAUGGACAAUGAUACCGGACUCGUGAAUUUUCCUGCAGAAAUGUCUGUAUUCAUGGAAAAGAAUAAUGAAGCGCAAAAUGGCUUCCUUUCCGAGGACACGGUAUCAGAAGCAUCCAUGGCGCUGCAAUUAGAACGAAUGCGUGUCGAGGAAGCGUUGUGCGCCCGCGAUGUCGCCGUCCAACACCUCAGUGAAGCGUGUCUCUCCGUCCGCCAUAAGGAUAGUAUUGUCGAGGCACUACGGCAAGAGAAAGAUGACCUAGAAAAACAAGUCGGACUUCUCAAAUGUAGACACUCGACAGAUAGUCCUGGAAUCAAGGUGGCGGAGACCAGGAGGAAGAUGACAACAGAAGUUAGAAGACUUGCGGAGCUAUUUCGAAACAUGCGGACUGAAAAUACUAUGGCCAAACAAUAUCAAGGUGAGGAAAGCGAGGAAGGAGAAGCGUAUUCAGAAGAUGAGGAAAUAUUGCACAAGGAUAUCACUCAAGAAUGGGAAACGACUAUGCAUCGUCUUCUACUUCUCAUAAGCGAAUCAAGCACACUUGCCAUUUUUCGGGACGUGUCCAGUGAGACGCCGAGGCUUCUAUCACCUAUUCCAACGACUCCUGGCUUUAUGUUGUCUCCUGUUGGAUCCCCGAACAUCAUGGGUGCUGAACUAUGCUUGCAAAAUCUCGCAUUAGAGGACAGUGGUGCACGACAAGAUGGUGCAGGGGAGAAUUCAGACACCACAGAUUGUAUACGAAUACGAAAUGCCACUCUGGCUGCCUUGCCUCUGCCUUCUGAUGUGCCUCCGGACGUCUUACGGCCCAUUGUGAUUCCAUCUCCCUACACACUCCAUGAAUUUCUAGGAACCGCGCCUAUUACAAUACGCGCCCAACUUGGAAAUUAUCGCGUGUUCCAACAAUCUACCACUGCCUGGUGCCCCGAGAGGGAAGAGCAUGGUUAUUUCCUCACCCCAGCGUUCAAGUGUCACACCAACCCUCGCGUGAGCACUGCACAUCGAUGGGUCGUUGUCAAUAUGUCUUCCAAGCUCAAUAGGCCGAUUGAAUGUUUUUAUAACAAAGAUGGAAAAUGGUAUUACGCGGGCAUAUACAAGGCUUUCUGGCUAGACGAGUUGACAUCUCGGGAAUGGGACAAUCUAUCGACCGAGGCGACCCAGAGUCUCAUCAAGGAGACACUCGCAGGUCGAAAGAAUAUUUCGCCACAGAACGUAUACGAGACGAGUCAAUUGUAUGCGGCGGGUGCGCUCAAGGUUACUUGCAUCGGUCUGCAAUGCGUCGGCUUCAACGACGCGCUAUACGGUGCAUUGCUGGACCACGCGUCUACAUGUGCUCAGACUGGCAAAUGGCGAUGCACUUCUGCUGGCGGCGGACCUUUCAGUCCAGGCUCUACGUGGGUUUCGCCUAUGGUUCACCUUUCUCCGAAUGCAGGUUCGGCGGUUUUGACAGUCGGCAAGGACUGA